AUGAAGCCCAGUGCAAGAAAAUGCUUGAUAACCUGCUGCAUUGUAACAACAACCAUCAUCCUCCUCCUCAUUGUAACCCUAGUUAUCCUGUACUUCACACUCCUCAAGCCAAAACAGCCAGAAGUAGUUGCAACUCCUGUCAAUCUCCAGCACAUUGAGUUCGGUAUCUUUCCUAUUAUAACUCUAGAAGUUACCCUUGGAAUCGAUGUCUUCAUCAAAAACAGGAAUUACGCAGGAUUGAAGUAUAAAAAUACAAGUACUACGAUCUAUUACCGGGGAAAUUCUGUUGGUGAGGCUCCAAUCCCUGCAGGAGAGAUUGAAGCUAGGUCAACACAGAAUAUAAGUACUCUGAUAGAGUUGGAGAUAGAUAAGAUGGCAUCGAAUCCUAGCUUUUUGCCUGAUGUGAUGACGGGGAUGUUGAACAUGACUUCAGGGUCAACAGUGGAGGGUGAUGCGAUAAUACUGAAGAUUUUCAAGAUUCAUGCGACGUCACUGGUGAAUUGUGAUAUUACUGUGUUUUUGAAGAACAGGACUAAUACUGCGAAUUGUUUUUCUACUGUUAAGAUUUGA